AUGCGCUUUCCCCUUCUGUGCUUCCUUUCUCUGCCCUUCCCUUCCACUCUGAUUCCAUACUCUCACCACCCUCGUCAACUCCUCUCCUCCCCUCUCACCAUCCCUGCAUGCACCACGCUUCUCCUGCCUCUCCCCUCAACGCGCGUGCACUCUUACCUGAUCCCGUGCCUGCAUCAUCAUCACUCUUCAUCCCUUUGUUCAUCUUACUUCGAAUCAACACCUUCACACCACUCUGCAGAGAGAGCAGAGGAUGGGGCAGACGAGGAGGGCGAAAAGGAGGAGGAGGGGCGUGUGAGAGAGGAGGGAGACGAUGGGGAGGGAGGUAGUGGCGAGAAGGAGGAGAGCGGUGGGGAUGCUGGGCCGGCUGAAGAGGGAGAAGGAGGAGAAACAGGGGAGAGAGAAGGGGCAGCGGGGGGCGAAUGGGAGGCGUGCAAAGCGGUGAUUCAGGCGCUCAUGCUCGCUGCUGGACCCUCAGACAGUACUGUUGCUGGUGGUGCUGGUGGUGAUGCAGAGAUGGGUAGCAGAAAGGAAGGAGUGGCUGGGAGGAAGGCGGAGAGGAGAGGGGGUGGGAGGAGGGGAGGGCGGAGAGAGGUGGUGGGGACGGUGGCAGGGACGGGGCCUCUGGACAGACAGCUUGCAGCCAGUGGGUUCAGCAUGCAGAACGAGGCUGAGCUGGAGCAGGUGAGUGAUGAGGUGGAAUGCGUUAAUGCUGAGUACAUGGAAGAGUCGCAGUGGAGGGAGACAAGUCACUUGGAAGGUAGAGAGAAUGGUGCGGGGGAGGAGGACGAGGAGGAGGAGGAGGAGGAGGAGGAGGAAGAAGAGGAGGAGGAGGAGGAGGAGGAGGAGGAUGAGGAGGAGGAUGAGGAGGAUGAGGAGGAGGGGGAAAUCAAUGGAGACGAAAGCAAGGAGGGUGAGUCUGGCGGUGAGGGUGCAGAGGAGGAGGAUGGUAGUGAUGGUGGGAAUGACAGCAAUGAUGAGAAUGAACUUCAAGAGGGGGAUGAGGACGAGGGCGAGGGCAUGGGGAAAUCCACACAUGGCAGUAGAGUUGGAAACGGGGUGAGCAGGAGGGUGGGUGUGCGGGCAGGGCAGAAGCAGCAGAGGCAGCUGGAGAGGCAGCGGCAGCAGGCAGCACAGGCAGUGCGAGGGGGAGGGGUGAGGCGCGCCUCACGCAACGCCAGCAAGGACAAGGGAGGGAGGAGAUCGCGCCACGUGUCGAGCCGAGCAGGGAUUGAUUGA